UUAUAAGUUUAUUUCCAAGACAAGAUAGGAAAAUAAAUAACGUGGUUAAUUAAGCCGAGCCAGUAAAAAUGGAGGAUAUAAUUUCCAGGCUUAUGCAAAACAUAGAUACGUGUUUACUAGCCAAACUUAAAAGGAAUUGUGAAGAAUGUAAACAUCAUAAUGAAUACACUUUGCGAAAAGACAUAUUAAUUGCAGAAUUUCCAAUCGCAUUUAACCUCCUCGGAGAGGUGGAACUGAGACAUGUUCCAUCUGCCGCAGACGUCCUAUCUUCUCUGCUAAUAAUGUACGAAGAGCUACGAUUAGAUGCAGUAUGGAAUCCAGAGGUUUCUAAAGAAUACGCGAAACAACUAAAUAAUUAUCUGGAAUUGUCAUGUGACAUUACAUUUGAUAACAUGUUGAAGGUAGAGAGACCUUUCUAUGAACCGCAGGAGGUAUUCGACUGCUGCAUGGAAAAGAUACAUCGGAGACUGACACCUGAGAACUUUAAAAGAUAUCCGGCAACUAUUGAUGUGUAUUGCAAACUUAUUCAAGAUAUAAAAGACUACAGAAUAGCAGUGAUUCCACAACAGACAUUGCCAGCAUCCCUGCUCCUCAUUGAUGAUUACAUGACAGUCCACAAGACCAAAGGUUUGAAGAGUUGUGCUGCUAUUUUACAGAGCAUGGCAUCAAGCGGGUUCCACAACGGCAACUACUAUGAAGUUGUGUACACGAGCCUUAAGAACUCCCUUCAGGUGCAGUAUGUUGAUGUGAACAAGCUCUCUCACAUCUGCCUCAUGGAAUUGAUAAGGCUUCUGCCUGCUCAGGAAAAGACAGUAAAGUCAGGUGACCUCUUCGCAGUCACCUUGGAGCAGUUGUACCAAGAGUCCAACCUGCUCAGAAAGGCCAACAACUUCCGGUUCAGCAAGAGGCUGAUCGCGAUCAACGGCGUGAACUGCGUGAACAGGAAGAAGGCGUUUUGCACCAUCGUCUGCGACAACCUGGACACGUGCUCCAAUGUGGACGUGGCGCAAAUGCUGCUUAUGUCUAUUUUAGAGUGUUUCGAAGAAUGGAUAAAGCACUGUUGGUGCGUAUGGAACGUUCGUCUGCCAUCCGACCAGCAUCUCCUCUCCCUGCUCCUAAAAGUCAUGUACAUCAACAUCCACGACGAGCAACUAUCCAAAAAACUACAGGAAAUAAUAGAAACGCUCAUUUGCAUUUCUACUAAGGAAGAUCAGCAGCAGAUAUUGGGAAGUUUGGAGGCAAGGAGGCAAUUGACGAGCCAGGAGUUCUUGAGGAGACUCGAAGCGACCAGAAAUGAGGCUAGAACUUUUGCAAAUCGACCGUAAGUGAAGUUAAUCUUUGGCAAAGCGCGAAUUCUGUACCUCUAGCACUGAC